GGCGGUGUGACAUACUUCCUCUUCAGCGACGUCUUCAGCCCCAACUCGAAAACCGCACACUUCAACCACGCUACAGACACGAUAAGACAGGACCCCCGCUGCCAGAAGCUGCUCGGCGAAGGAUCCCAGAUCGCAGCGUUCGGUGAAGCGUCAUGGUCGCGGUGGGCGCGGAAUCGUUACAUCAGCAGCACAGAAGAGACAGAUAAGUGGGGUACCGAGCAUCUGCGCUUCAGGUUCUACGUGGAGGGGCCACUAGGGCAGGGUGUAGUCAAUGCACAUCUGGUGAAGAAACCAAGCAUGGAUGCGUUCGAGUAUGCUGAGCUGGCUGUUGACGUCAAGGGGCAUCGCAGGAUUGAUCUGGCAGCCAAGGAGAAGCAGGACCAUGUCGCGCCGAAGAUCUUUGGGGCGAGGUGGUGGUAA